UAAAAAUUAUUCUAGACUACAGGUACACAAAAUAACGCGCCCUUGCGGAUCCCCAAUUUGGUUAAGAUUUCUUCUGGUUUGCCACAAUUCCUGGUUAGUCAUUCUGGAGUUGCAGACUUUGCAGUAGCGCUUCGUCUGCCCUAGCUUUACAAACGCAUUUCCCGAGUCUUCAUUCUGGGGUUCUUUUUCUUUGCCUUAAGUGCUGCGUCAUACGAGAGUUUCCCUGUAGCGGUCGUCGGAUCUCAAAUGUCUACUGAAUUCUUGCCGGCUUGACUGUUUUUUGAUCACUUGUGCAGCCUGAGGAGUUCUUGAUUCAGGGUUUGAAUAGGAUUGUAGAGCUGAAGGCUUUGGCAUAAAGACUUCCAAUGGCUGGUGCUGCGGGUGGUUUCGUCAUUCGAUCGUUUGAGUCGAUGCUUAAGGAAUGUUCAGGAAAGAAGUAUGCCGCGCUUCAGAAAGCGCUUCAGACAUAUUUGGAUAAUACAAAGGAGAUCAGUCAGAAAUCUGCGCCAAGUGUGACAAAUCAAGAAGAAUCUUUGGUUGGAGAUGGGAGUUCAAUCGACAUUGAUGGUGCUGAAGUAGUGAAAUGUGAAAGUCAAGAUGUUCCAGACUCGCUUUCACAUACUGUCGAGGGGGGAGGACACAGCAACAUGAGUGGAAAUAUUAUAAUGGCCUUAGCAAGUGCUGGGCAUACUUUAGAAGUAGCUGAUGCAGAGCUUGUUUUACAGCCACUGCGACUAGCAUUUGAGACCAAGAAUUUAAAACUUGUGGAGCCUGCUUUGGACUGCCUUCAUAAACUCAUUGCAUAUGAUCAUCUAGAAGGCGAUCCUGGUCUAGAUGGCGGUAAAAAUGCUUCCCUAUUUACAGACAUUCUCAACAUGGUUUGUGGUUGUGUUGAUAAUUCAUCAUCCGACAGUACCAUUCUACAAGUAUUAAAGGUGCUUCUCACUGCUGUAGCAUCGGCCAAAUUCAGAGUGCAUGGGGAAUCUUUGUUGGGAGUUAUCAGAAUUUGCUAUAACAUUGCUCUUAAUAGCAAAAGUCCAAUAAAUCAGGCAACAUCAAAGGCUAUGUUGACUCAGAUGAUCAGCAUCAUAUUCAGGCGAAUGGAAUCUGACCAGAAUAUAAGUAAUUCACAGUGUAUUUCGGGUUAUACUUCAUCAUCUGGUGCUGCUCCACAUUCAGCAACCACAUCGGCAGUUUGUUCAAACUCAAAAGAUAGCGAGACUUCGCAGAAUGAUGAAGAUGAUAAAGUAACCACUCUUGGAGAUGCACUUUCUAUGAACCGGGACAAAGAUGCGUCUGUUGCAUCGGUUGAGGAGCUGCAGAGUCUUGCAGGCGGUGCUGAUAUCAAGGGUUUAGAGGCUGUUCUUGACAAGGCUGUGCAUCUUGAAGAUGGGAGAAAGAUAGCAAGGGGGAUAGAUCUUGAGAGCAUGAGUAUAGGGCAACGUGAUGCUUUGCUGGUAUUUCGCACGCUUUGCAAGAUGGGUAUGAAAGAAGAUAAUGACGAGGUUACCAAUAAGACAAGAUUGUUAUCUCAUGAGCUUCUGCAGGGUUUAUUGGAAGGGGUUAGCAAUUCUUUUACCAAGAACUUCCAUUUUAUUGACUCAGUCAAAGCAUAUCUUUCAUAUGCUCUGUUGCGGGCAGCAGUUUCUCAGUCCCCUGUCAUAUUUCAGUAUGCAACUGGAAUCUUUACCGUGCUUUUGCUGCGAUUUAGGGAAAGUCUAAAAGGUGAAAUUGGUGUUUUCUUCCCCUUGAUAGUUCUUCGUUCCUUGGAUGGCUCGGAUUGUCCCCUCAACCAAAGAGCAAGUGUUCUCCGGAUGCUUGAGAAAAUUUGCAAGGAUCCUCAAAUGCUUGUUGACAUAUAUGUUAACUAUGAUUGUGAUCUUGAGGCACCAAACUUGUUUGAACGCAUGGUUACGGCUUUAUCAAGAAUAGCUCAAGGGAAUCUAAAUGCUGAUCCAAACUCAGCUGCUUUAUCCCAAACAGCAUCAAUCAAAGGUUCAUCUCUUCAGUGCCUUGUUGGUGUCCUAAAGUCGCUUGUUGAUUGGGAACGAACCCAUAGGCAAUCUGAAAAGCAGAAUAAAAGCAGUCAAUUGCUUGAAGAAGAGGUGUUAAUUAGAGAAUCUGUUGAGCCUAAGAGCAGUGAUGAUAUUCCUAACAACUUUGAGAAGGCUAAGGCGCAUAAGUCAACCAUUGAAGCUGCUAUCUCUGAGUUCAACAGACAACCAGGAAAGGGAAUAGAGUACUUGAUAUCAAAUACAUUAGUGGAGCAUACACCUGCUUCAGUUGCCCAAUUUCUUAAGAAUACUCCGAAUUUGGAUAAGGCUAUGUUAGGUGACUAUUUAGGCCACCAUGAAGAGUUUCCUCUUGCUGUCAUGCAUGCUUAUGUUGACUCAAUGAAUUUUUUGGGAAUGAAGUUUGAUACUGCAAUACGUGAAUUCCUUAGAGGAUUUCGGCUUCCAGGGGAAGCACAAAAGAUAGAUCGAAUCAUGGAAAAGUUUGCUGAGCGAUAUUGUGCUGAUAAUCCAGGACUCUUCAAGAAUGCAGAUACUGCAUAUGUUCUUGCAUAUGCUGUUAUAAUGUUGAAUACGGAUGCCCACAAUCCGAUGGUGUGGCCUAAAAUGUCAAAGUCUGACUUCAUACGCGUGAACACUGUGAGUGAUGCGGAAGAGUGUGCCCCGAUUGGGCUUCUUGAGGAGAUCUAUGAUUCUAUCGUUAAGGAGGAGAUAAAAAUGAAAAAUGAUGUGACUUUUGCCAGUAAAAACAGCAGGCAAAGGCCAGAAACAGAAGAAAGAGGUCGACUUGUGAGUGUGCUUAAUUUGGCCCUCCCCAGAAGAAAGUCAGCUACAGAUACAAAAUCAGAAAGUGAAGAUAUUAUCAAGCAAACACAAGCUUUAAUCAGAAAUCAAGGUGUAAAGAGGGGAGUUUUCUAUACAGCACAGAAUAUUGAACUUGUGAGACCAAUGGUUGAAUCUGUGGGGUGGCCAUUGCUUGCUACAUUUUCCGUUACUAUGGAGGAAGCAGACAACAAACCGAGGGUCAUUCUCUGUAUGGAGGGAUUCAGAGCUGGCAUACACAUUGCUCGUGUCCUGGGAAUGGAUACGAUGCGCUAUGCUUUUCUGACAUCUCUAGUUAGAUUUACUUUUCUGCACGCUCCAAAGGAAAUGCGUAGUAAGAAUGUGGAGGCACUGCGGACUCUAUUAGCUCUGUGUGACUCAGAGACAGACUCCCUUCAAGACACCUGGAAUGCUGUCUUGGAAUGUGUUUCUCGGCUAGAAUUUAUUACUUCAACUCCAUCAAUUGCUGCGACUGUCAUGUAUGGUUCAAAUCAGAUUUCCAGGGAUUCUGUUCUUCAAUCACUCCGUGAGUUGGCUGGGAAACCAGCCGAACAAAUAUUCGUGAGCAGUGUGAAACUUCCCAGUGAUUCAAUUGUGGAGUUUUUCACAGCUCUUUGUGGUGUGUCUGCUGAAGAACUGAAACAAACGCCUGCUCGCAUUUUUAGCUUGCAAAAGCUUGUUGAGAUCAGUUAUUAUAAUAUGGCUCGGAUACGGAUGGUCUGGGCUCGAAUAUGGUCUGUUCUGGCUAAUCAUUUUAUUUCAGCGGGGAGCCACCAUGAUGAGAAAAUUGCCAUGUAUGCCAUUGACUCGCUAAGGCAGCUUGGUAUUAAAUAUUUGGAGCGUGCUGAGCUUGCCAACUUCACGUUCCAGAAUGAUAUUUUGAAGCCAUUUGUUGUUCUUAUGCGGAACAGUCGAAGUGAAUCAAUACGGGGUUUAAUUGUUGACUGCAUUGUUCAAAUGAUAAGAUCGAAGGUUGGAAGCAUUAAAUCUGGUUGGAAAAGUGUGUUUAUGAUCUUCACUGCUGCUGCUGAUGAUGAAUUGGAAUCAAUUGUUGAAAGUGCAUUUGAAAAUGUUGAACAGGUUAUCUUGGAACAUUUUGAUCAGGUCGUUGGAGACUGCUUCAUGGAUUGUGUCAACUGCCUUAUAGGAUUUGCAAAUAACAAAAGCUCUCAUAGGAUAAGUUUGAAGGCUAUUGCUUUAUUGCGUAUAUGUGAAGAUCGUCUUGCAGAGGGCCUUAUACCAGGUGGGGCUUUGAAACCCAUUGAUGCAGAUUCAACUUUCGAUGUCACUGAGCACUAUUGGUUUCCAAUGCUGGCCGGUUUGUCUGACCUAACGUCAGAUCCCAGAGCAGAGGUCAGAAACUGUGCACUUGAGGUGCUAUUUGAUUUAUUAAAUGAGAGAGGUCACAAGUUCUCUUCAGCAUUUUGGGAGAGUAUCUUCCACCGUGUACUGUUUCCAAUUUUUGAUCACGUGAGGCAUGCUGGAAGGGAUAACAUAGUGUCUUCUGGUGAGGAGUGGCUUCAUGAGACAAGUAUUCACUCACUUCAGUUGCUCUGCAAUCUUUUUAACACUUUCUACAAGGAGGUCUGCUUUAUGCUACCACCCCUGCUGGGUUUGUUGUUGGAUUGUGCCAAAAAGACUGAUCAAUCUGUGGUAUCAAUUUCUCUGGGUGCUUUGGUUCACCUCAUCGAUGUUGGAGGUCACCAAUUCAGUCACAGUGACUGGGAUACUCUGCUAAAAAGCAUAAGAGAUGCUUCGUACACAACCCAACCACUUGAGCUGCUCAAUUCAUUGGGUUUUGAAAACUCAAAGAGGCAUUUGGUGCUAUCUAUGGAUUCAGAGGUCAACAUAAGUGAAAGCCCAACUCAAAGGCCUGUGGAUAAUGGGAAAUCGGAUGGUCUCAGGUCUGUUAGUGGUAGUGGUGAGGAUGAAAAAGUAGUUGGACAGGCAUCCUCUGGUAUUGGUGGUGACAGUCCUGGAAAGUAUCCCAGUACAUCAAUCUUGCACCAUCAUGGUCAAGAAAAAGAUUCGCCAAUAAACCUGGAGGAAUCUGAAGGUCUGCCAUCACCAUCAGGAAGAGCUCCAAAACCUGCUGAAGCUAGUGGUCUCCAGCGAAGUCAAACAUUGGGCCAAAGGAUUAUGGGGAAUAUGAUGGACAAUCUCUUACUUCGAAGUCUUACCUCUAAGUCUAGGAGUCCUCCCUCAGAUGUGCUUGUACCUUCGUCCCCAGUCAAGGUAAUUGUGACUGCUAUAUUUAAGUUAUUUACUUACAUUGAUUACUUCCCUCUUAUUGAAAACACUAAGUUGGUUUGGGGAUGCUGAGUUUAUUUUUAUUUU